AGAAACUACAAGUUUCCUCUACUCGCGCGAUUGCUGUUGGAUGUUGGUUGUUGAAACUAGCCUUGUUUAAGCAACUACGUUAGGCGGAUACUUUUAGUUGCCUUCAAGCGCGAUUACCAUGCCGCUCGCUCGUGACCUUCUUCACCCAACAUUUCGAGAAGAAAAGCGAAAGUGCAAGUUGAAACGUCUGGUUCCGUCCCCAAAUUCUUUCUUCAUGGACGUCAAAUGUUUAGGGUGCCUAAAAAUCCAGAUCGUAUUUAGCCAUGCCCAAACACCAGUUGUUUGCCCUGGAUGUGACCGGAUAUUGUGUCAGCCCACAGGUGGUAGAGCACGACUAGCUGAUGGUAACUAUCGAGAAUUUUUCAUCUAAUUCUUAUAUUCAUAGGGUGCAGUUAUAGGAAGAAGACACGAUAACGUUUGUAACAUAUGAUGGAUUGAAUAAAAUUAUGGAAAUAAUUUGUAUGGUUCGUUCUAAUACGGCCGAUUCACACCCUUUCUGAUUACUUUCAUCCCCACUUUGUUAUUAGUGAGCUUCUAUUCUUUGUACCUGAGUUCUGUAAAUCAGGUGUUUGCACGUAGUUCUCUACAACCAAGUAUGUGUAUGGAAAUCACCUUCAUGCUGUACUAGUUGUUUAUAAGUUUUAUCGUUUGUAUUAGUGACACCCCGGGCAUCUCGACACAGCUACUACUCUGUUAGUUGUCACUGCCAUUUCUACAACAUCCCCUAAAAUAAUGAGUGUUGAUCGCCUAUCGCGGUCGUAUCAUAAACCCUUGGAUAAAAGCCUGCAAAUAGGUGUAAACAAAUUUGUCACUGUUCCUUUUGUCGCGUCUUCAGAUGAUCCUUUCGAUGUCAACUAAUGGUUGAUGUAUAGAAGCCGUCACAGUUACCAGCUUACACAAGCAAGAGAGAGUCAUGUUCCCCACACCAUGUUGAAUUCGAAGGCGGUUUCCGAAUGUUAUGCUGACACUAGCUUUGUUGUCGAUAUCUUCGUAGGAAGCAUUGUAUUUCUGAUUAGUUUGGCUUACGUUCAUAGUUUUCUGUCACCUGUGUUUGAUAAUGUUGACUUCAAUGUUUGCAUUGUCAUGAGUCUCCUCUCGCUGGGAUGACUAUUCACCUUCGAGCAUCGACAAUACAGUACAAGUAGUGAAAGUCUAGGAGCGAAAUCAGCAGAAAUACAGUUUUAUAGUUAUCUGAGCAGUGCUAAGACGAGGUGCUGAAUUGUUAGAAAACUUAAGAAGCAGUUAAGGCAUUACCUAAAGGAUGAAAAUGUAGUCACUUCUUUCUCCAUAUGUUGCUUGUAAGAAGGUAAAUCUAGUAAGUGUAUUGAAAUUCAUUUGCUUGAAGAUGAAAGCAAGCUGGUUUGUUUUGUGGUCGUUUAUUGGUGUUUCAUAACGUAGUAGUGUAGUACUUCUAAGAACUCCGGUGGUCUAAGGUAGCGGUCCACCUUCACUUUGCUGGAUUUCUUUUAUAGCUUGUUGACUAGGUCACCGUAAAUCGCACGUACGACAGUCUAUUCAGAACCACUUGUCAUGGUACAAAGGCCACCUGCAAUACUGAGUCUGUGAACUCUAAUUAAAUUUUCUGGUCAUAUUACAGUUGAUAGGCUCCACUUCUUGAUACUUUCCCACCGAGUAGCAAGGUAUGCAACUUCAAUCUUUUGGAAAUGUUGAUGCAACUUAUUUCGAAACGUGAAUGUAGUAUACGCUGGCAACUUUUGGUUAAUGGUGUUACGUAGUGAACUGCUUUUUCCAACAUUCAGCAGAUCACUUAGUGAGAAAUUCGCAGUUAGGUUUUGAGUAACUUGUACGAAAAACAGGUGAAACUUUACGUCUAUCCUUAGUUGAAUGAUAAGCAUUGACAAGAAACUACUGUGAAGUAUAAAAUGCUGGAGUCCCUUGUAGAACUUCCGGGCUACAGACCAUCUAUGUAGGCUAUGUUGGUAUCCGUUUGGAAGUGACACUUGUAACCUGUUUAUUGACGAAGUUCUCAUAGAGCCCCCAGAAAACUAUCAUUUUGCAAACCAGUACAACUCUCCUUUACCAGUUUAACGUCGAAUUUUGAGUUAAUUGUGUCAAUGCGUGAAGAAUGUUUUGAUACUAGUCAAGAGACUUGUCAAAUCAGUUUUAGUUGCAACAAGACACGUAGCUUGAAUGCAUUUCUCACUUCUUGCUAUUCAGAACUCGAAAACAAUGUCCUUAAGAAUUUCUUACUGUCGUACAGUUUUUCAUAUAACCGGAAAGUCAGUGGCUCACUAGGCUGACAUUACAUCUGGAUAUUAUUAUGGUCAUUCUGGAAAGAGGCUGUUUCCAUAGUGUUUUUCAUCGAGCCGGUCAAAAUUUGACGUAAUUAGUGUUUCCUGCUUUCCACGUGAUGAUAGUUUCUUAUGACCUUUCCUCGACAAAGACGAGUCAUUGUUUAUAUAAUUCAAAUGUUGCUGCGAUGAAGGAGGUGUUGUGCCUCCUAGCUGCCAUUUCAUUUAGUCUGGUUGGUUUGUCAAGUCACGCAUCACCGCGGACAGGUUUGAUUGCAGUGGUUUGUGUGAACUGAUUCGUUUGGUUGUUACUGUUGGCACUGUCCGCCGAAGAGUGAAGCUCCUCAGAAUGUUGAUUUGUUACUUCAGCAGCAAGAUGCGCUGCCUUUGGUUACUAAGUGUAUACUCUCAGAACAGACCAAUAUUUUCAACACUUAAGAAAAUUCUGAGAAGCUUCGUGCGUAAAUGAUCAACAUGAUACUCUUAUCGCUAAACAGCCAAAGCAAUAUUUGAUAGACAUGUCUUACUACUAGUGUAGAGAUGGAGAAGGAUAAAGGCAUGGUUAUCUGGAAGUCGCUCACUGUUCGUCUGAGUCGUGUGGGGAGAUGUAGGCUGCCUGACUUGGGUUUCCUGGAUUAUAGGAAUCAGCGGUUGAUCAAAUGGCUGAAAAUCGGUCACGAUAGCACACAUAUUCAUUAUUUAGCAUCUAAAGCGUGAAUAUUUGCACUGACUGUGAGCUGCAGAAUGUUUAUUGCCUCCCACAACUUAGUCUACUGUUAAAUUACUCUUGUUCGAUCCACCUGUUCCGUGAAGCAUGGCAAUUAUGUGCGAGGUUCUACGUCGAUAUGCCUGUCUGCCCAAUCUGAGACGCGUUACCGGAGCAUAGCCUAUUGUUUGUAAACCUUGUGUCUGAAAUAUGAGCUGUUGAUUAACUACAGUUUAUACUUACUGACAGUGCUACAUUUGAGUAACUGACGAAGCCAGUAUAUAUAUGGAUACCGGGUUCUUGUUCAAGCGAGUGCAAUCGAUCCGGAGCACAUGAUGCGUAAUCUAAGAUGCUUGUAAUAGAUCAUAGCGACUGACAGUCAUGAGUAAAAAUGUCAAUCUAAUUGAGAAGUUACUCGGUUGAAAUCACGUCAUCACCUGAAUUAUUUAUAAUGUUAACAAACAGAUCAUUCCUCUGAAAUUAGCGUGUAAUUUAUAUAGCUUGUCAUAUGCGAAAUAUAUAUUAUAUCUUGGAGAGUUGUGUGUUUAGGCUUAUGAAGAAGGGCUGCAGCAAAGAUGGCGACCAUUCGGAACACAGUUGUGUGUUAGUCAAAACAGUAUUAUUUUUCUAACAAAUUAUUCUGUUUCACUGUGAUACCUAAUAAACAAGUUAAGAUGGAACUGCGAUCCACCACAGUGCCUAACUCGCACAUUUGGAAUACUACUGUCAAUUCAUUGAGGGGUAUGGUGCAACUGGGACUUGUAAGCUGGGAUGUCAAGCGAACGUAUAUCUAGUCAUGAUUCCUCCAACUACCUAGGUGUGGCGUAGACUUUGCUGAGACGCACUGAUCAUAUAUUGGGGGUUUAGGCGAUUUGUCACGGAGUCAUCAUAGCUUAUGUUUGGCAGGGAUGUCUACCAUUGCUAGCCGAUAAGUGAAAAUGUUAUAGAUUCUGAACUUUUUGAUGAAUGGCAUGGGGCUUCUUUAAAUAUGGUUCUAAGUGCUACUUAUGGUCGAUCAGACUGGAUUGAUGACUCAGGGACGCGUUACGAAUGGUAGUCUUUGAUCUUAUAUUCGAUUUCCUGGUAGAGAUGUCUUAAGACAAAACCGUAUUUGUCUGCAGUGGUCAUGUAAGUUUGUGUUUACUCUGUGGAGACCAAUGAUUGAUUAUAAUGCACAGAGAAUUGGAGGCAUGAGUUGUGAUCUCUCAGGUGAAACUGAUGGAAGUGGGAAGACUUCAAAACUGAACAUAACAAAUGAUGUGAUUUUAAAUCACCUCAACAUUGGAAACUGUCUCCAUCUUUCUUCGUUAUAGGAUGUGAUUCGAUGAUCAUUUUGCUAAGUGAUUCGAGAGCUUGACUUGUCAAAUUUAAUGAUUCUGACACGUAAGAUAGUUAUAACAGUCUUGGCAUCACCAACCGUACGUUUGAAUGCAAAGUAUCUUAUGAUACAAUAUCCUUCUGCACUAGAAUAAGUGGUCCGACAUCAAAAAAGCGUUAUGAGGUUUAAGUAAUUCACUACUUAAUUCAAGUUUCUUGAUGCAAGUUAGGUCGUAACUUUCAGUUUGGCUCCGCGCAAUUUUAGCUUAAUCAGGUUCAGGCUGUUAAAAGGCUUAGGUGGCCAGACUAAAACAUGACAUCAGUGCAUAGAGUCUUUGACUGUGGGUCUGAGCAAUGUAGGGGGGGGGAGGUGCAGAAUAGUCGAUUGGGUUCCACGUGGCAAAAGCGACCAGCUGUUGGAGACUACAGGUGAGAUUCCUCUGAGUCAAUAUGUCAGUGGUGCUGAUGUAUCCUCACCCACACGACGAUGAUAAACCUUCAUCUUUGAUGCUGAUUGUUAAGAGUCGGUCAACAGGACGACCUAUACCUGGCUUGCGUUCUUGUUGGCACUUCCGUGCGAGACGUAUCUGCAACCGUGGGGAAAGCGGUAUUUUUUCGGUGAUUCGGGCCUGCAUCAGUCAGCGCUGAAUUCAGAGACUUGACCACUAGAACAUUUAGGCCAUGACUGACUUAAGUUUCAGAACCGAUCUAUGUAAACGGAUUAACCACCAGGGAGUAUGAGUAACCGUUGUUACUGUCUAAUCAGUAGUUCUGUCAUGUAGGAAAGUCAGAUAGGUACAUGGCCUACUACCAGUUGACUCAUCUCAAUAUCGAACACCGAAAUGCAGUGCAUCACAGUCUUGCCACUUGGCUGAAUGGUCGCAUUGUUAUCUUUGUCUAUAGACGUUUGUACUAAGCAUUAAGAACUAGGCGGCUCCGACGACAACCCAGUGGUUAUCGUUCUGUGCACAGCCUCUAGUGCCCAGCGUCUAAACGAUUUUGAAUACUUAGCCGAAUAGGAGAGGAUGGACCUAUAAUGAUAACGACAAUAACUAUCUUAUUUCAAACAAGGUUUUCUUUUGGGGUGGGGUAGGGCUUUUAUUUCUCAACUUAAUACUUCAGCAUUUCUUUCUCCCUAUAAACCCAGAUUUGUAUAUAAUUGUACAAACAUGUAGCCGUAUGGACUUGCUUCUUAUCUUCCCUGAAACGUGAUAAGUAGAAAAGUGUUCAUGUAGAAAGUAUUGAGCGUCUGAAGAAAUGUGGCUAACCCCCUAUUUGCAUCUAUCUGCUUAAGGGUCUAUCAACAACAGUGCCAUUUAACAGGUUUCAGCGCACCCCAUUAACUUCUGCUGACAGCCUUCAAAGUUCCUAUGGAUUGUGGAAGGUACAAUUUUCCCAGAAACUCACAGAGAGUUGGUCAUGCUAGGGUUACCUCAGCUUCCUUUUAUACAGGUCUUUCAUAAAGGGAGACUGAAAAAAUUUACACGUAAGGGGACCGAGGAUAACCAGAAGAAACACUUCAAUUAAGAUAGAUAACCUUUCAUUUCUUUACUACAGUUAUGCGAUCGACACUAUAAGAGUCGUGGGACGAACAGUUAACACUAGUCUUGUUCACGUCUAUGACUGAACACUUUUUUGAAAGGCCACUGGGUAAUGCAAUUCAGUUCGGAGACAACCAGCAUAGGUACUAUCUGGUUAUCAGCGGCAUAUUCAACAAGUUGAACUUUUGCAGGAAGUCGUGUAAUAAAUAAGAGAAGAGAGAAAGAUACAACGACACCUUGGGGAGCACCUGCAUCGAUAAGUAAUGGAAUGUAUGUGUAUGUUCAGCACGCCUUUUUCUGUUUGGAAGAUGAAAGAAAAAUCUAGUUACUAACCCAUGCUGGGGCGAGUUUAUUCAGUAACAAGAGUCCAAGGACAGUUGGAAAUGGUAACGUUGAUUGUUAUUCAUGAAUUUGUGCGGUGUAUUACGCGUUUGACGUGCUCCCCUACAGGCUAGGCGAAAACGUAUCAACAGCUGGUCGUUACAGGUGUGUCCCUCUGGAACUGACUGUGUGUUAGGAACUAUUUUCCGCUCAGAGAUGAUAUUUGCUUUUUCUACGUUGGUCAAUAUCAAUGCGGGAGACACGGCCUUACGUGAAUUCUGUAGUCAGAGAGAAUGGGAGCCACAACCAAUCAGUUAUGAAUGUCAUUUUUGUGUUUACCUUUGUUCUCAUUCUUUGACAUGCUGAUUAGAGACUGGCUUUAAAAGCGACCCGAAUAACUAGUGAGAUAGCCAAUCAUUUUUUCUUAUCCUAUGAAAAGCUAGUUUCCCAGACAAAAUAUCCAAAACUGGUUGGAAAUAUCAGCAGUUGCCACGGUGGCUUUUCGAUUCUCUCCUGAUUAGGCACCUGACGCUUUUACAACCUUGUACAUUUUCUUUUUAUUUUGUUGUAUACAAUAUAAUUAUGUUGGUUGAC